AUGGUCUUCUCGUCUUUUGAAAAAUUCCUCGACGAGUAUGAACCGUACUUCCGCAUUCCGUUCAUCCAGCAUCGGGAAGAAGAUACAGACGAAGAUGGAAUAUUGGAUCAGCUGAAAUUGGACUUGGAAUUUCCUCUUCAAGAAACUGAGCGUUCGAGAGGAAUAAGUCUCAUGUUGUUGUUCUCAUUUGCAUUGCUUUCACCGCCUUUGAAUACCCGUCGCAGCCGAACGAUUCCUAACCAAUACGAAUUCAAGACUGUUGGGUUCCUGAGCACACACCAGUUUAUCCCGCUUCCGAGUCCCGGACAUCCCAUGACUUCCUUCCGAUUGGAAAAUGCAUUUCCUGUGCGUCAGUUGCAAGCGCCAUCUGUGGACUUCAGGGAACUCGCUGUUGGCUACUUGACUUCCGGAAACAACAGCGUAAUUACGAGGUAUGAAGAAGUUUUGGGAUACGUCGAUAUAGUCAAUGAUGGACCCGAUAUUCCUCGUCGGAUAAAAGCUUCGAUCCUAGUCAAGUACCCCAGAGAGGAAAAGUUUGAGCGCUGGGUCGGCUUAUUUGAAUCUUUCAAGUGGGCCUGGGUCCAGUACUUGGCGUUCUUCAUUCCGGUGUACCUUUGCGUCCAAUGGCUCGGGAACCAUUUGUUUGCUGAAAACAAAGUCUUCUGUCACGUCGUUGUCGGCAAAGAAGGAAACGUCGCAUCCGCAUUCCCUACUCCUCUGUCUGGCGGAAACGAAAAAAGGAGGAAACAUCUUUUCAUCGUGGCAAUGAAGAGAUCUACGAUUUUCUUCGCGAUCCUUGUGUCUGCAUUCACGUUGGUCACACAUUCUAAAGCUUGGAUUCCUCCACCAAGCAUAAACCUGAAAGACUUCGUGGACAAAACCCCGACGGGCGACUUUGAAACUUGGAGACAUAACCACGGUCUGGACGAAGUGGAAUUCACUGACUUGUUUGACAAUGGUAAUUUGCUGAAGAAGCUGAUACCAUGGAUGCAGAAAGGACUGGAAACCCAUCAUGUCAUUUCCAGCAGUCAGCAAGGGCACCCAAGCAAUGCUGACAAUGCUUUGAGCUGUGCAAUUCAUACUGGAGCUUAUUUGCAAGCAUUGCGAGAUGUUUUGAAUGGAUCUGUUGCUGAGAAUUGGUGGGCUGUGCAAAGUGCGUAUUGGGAAGUUCGCAAUACCUCACACAAUAAACCAUAA